AUGCAUGGCGGCAAUGCCGAGCGAGCUCAUGCUUAUAAUCCUUUUGUGCUUAUUUAGAAUCCUGCACUGCGAGCUUAGGAGAUAAAUUUACUUUUUAAACUUCAAUGUAGUGCGCUAUUGAAAUUUUUAUCCCAUUGGCGUUUCUUCUCUACAAUCCUCACCGAGUCUUUCUUCGUUUGCUUACUCCAUUCACGACGAGAGAUGUAUGGAAUUUGAUGAGGAUUGAAGCACUUUAAAAUGCAAAUAAAAUCAGAGGAUUGGACGUGGACCCCAGGCAAUGUGCCGAUUCCACCUCCACCCUCUGCAGAAAUUGUUGGCCUCCAAUUUGGUCUUACUACAGCCAAUGAGAUCGUCGGAUUUUCUGUACAGAACAGAGCAAGAGACACUCUUUCCAGUCUUAUCGACCCUCGCCUUGGAUUACCAGCAGAAAAUGAAAGAUGUGCAACCUGCAGCGGCACCAACAUCAACGAAUGUACAGGCCACUUUGGUCACUUGAAGCUCACCCAACCGAUAUUCCACCCUCACCAUGUGCGGUUGUUGCAACAAGUACUUUCAAAAAUAUGCCUGGCCUGUGGAUCUCUAAAGGGAAAGAAAAAGAAGCUCAUCUUUAGCGAAGAUGAAGCAAAAGCUACCUGUAACUGGAAGCAAAGUUCUCCAAACAGUGACUCGGUGUAUAGUUUGAGGGACAAUGACUAUCUUGACUUUCCCGAAGCUGAACCGGUUAAGAAAGAUUCAGAUGGCGAUAUGGUAAGCAUUUCAUCAGUUGAAGAGGAUUUUACGCGUGACAUUCUUCAAGUUGUUCCACAUGGGCCCGUGGAUUUUCGAAUUGACUCAACGUCCACUCAGUGCACUGUAGCACAUCUCCCGCUGUUGGGCAGUAACAAGUCCACAGGGAAAGGCCAAGGCAAUAGGUCAGCACAUAUCGAAGCUACAACCAGCGCUAGUUUGAAGCAUUCUCCAUUACUGAAAUCAGGUUCCUCUAAGAACUUCGGGAGAAACCCCGUCAAGAUUUGCAAGGGAUCACCAGCAGGUUUAGACGUUCUUUCCGCAGACAUCCUACGGCAAGUUGAGUUCCCCAAGAAAUCAACAUGUGUACAUUGUUCACCGGCAUAUCCGGAUUAUAAACCAAUUCUCGUGAAAAUUCUCCCAGUUAAGGGAAGGAAAAAGAAUGACAUUUCUCAGAUACUUAUGUUAGAGGCUCAGAUUCCUGAAAAACAGAAAGAUAAUGAGCUUCCACUUGAUUAUUGGGCUUUCCUUCAGAGUGCGCCAGCUCGCCACCAGCAUUAUUAUAAGGUUCCUAAACAGCACUACCUGUUACCUUCAGAGGCGUUGGCUAUACUCAAGAAGAUACCUGAAGGAGCUAUCGGGAAACUUGGGAUGAACAGAUUGGUAGCACGUCCCGAAGGUCUUAUAAUGAAGUGUGUGCUCAUUCCACCCAACUGCACCCGUACAACGGAUUACAAGCAUGUCAACAACACAACUGCUGUGCGCUUUGGCACUGAUAAUGUGACCAGAACCUUGCAGAAACUGGUUGCAGAAAUUGUGCACAUACGCAAAACUAGAGCGGGGAAGGCCACGAAUAGAACACAACGAGAUGAAUCAACAAAGCUACAAAUACUUACAGCUGAGUAUUUGCGGGAGAAAGGAGCUCCCAAGGCUGUUCCAGGCAAAGAGCCAUUGAAAAGAGACCGGAAUGGUCGAGUCACGAAGCAAGACUAUCAUCGUUGGACCAAGGAGUGGUUGUCUCAGAAUGUUUUGGGAAAGAGUGGAAAUUUCACUGCCAAAGCUGUACUAGCCGGUGAUCCUUUCUUAGGUAUAGAACAGAUAGGAAUUCCUUGGCUUAUCGCGCAAAAGUUGACCUUACCGGAGAGGGCUAGCCAGUGGAAUCACACCAAGUUGCAAGAGUACGUCAAUGUUUCCCAAAAACUUCAGCAGGAAUCUGAAAAUACUGCCCACGCUACUAGAGUUGAACGAAAUGAAGUAGUUUAUCAAGUUUUAUCGAAAACCUCACUCAAAGUGCAGAUUGGUGAUAUAGUUCAUCGACAUAUUCAAGAUGGCGACUAUGUCUAUGUCAAUAGACCUCCAUCAGUCCACAGACAUUCUCUUGUGGCCUUAAAGGUUCAUAUUCACCAUCAACCUACAAUCACGGUAAAUCCUUUGAUAUGUCCACCAUUUUCUGCCGAUUUUGAUGGUGAUAUAUUUCACAUCUUCGCUCCUCAGUCACUUCAAGCCAUUGCAGAGCUGGAUCAAUUAAUGGCAGUGAAACAGCAAGUAAUAUCUGAACACGGAGGACAGCCUCUUCUUGAACUUACGCAGGAUACAUUGCUGGCAGCUCAUCUAUUGACAAGUAAGAAAUUGUUUUUGGACAAAGCUACAAUGGACCAGCUUUGUUUGUGGGCUUCAAAGAAACCUCCGGAAGCAGCCAUUUUGAAGUCUCCCAAAGGUGGUCCAUUUUGGACAGGAGAGCAGGUAUUUGCGCUCACACUUCCAGAAGAUUUUGAAUUAGGUGCCCCUCAGGAAGAAGUUUUCAUCCAAGGAGGAGAGAUUAUAAGAUGGAGAAAUGGCACUAAACUGCUACGCAAGGGUAAUGAUAGUGUUGCAGCAGCCCUUUGUGUGCAAUUGGGACCAGUGGCUCUCGUGGACUAUCUGAACACUGCAACAGGAGUGUUGCAUACCUGGCUACAAGUGCAAGGUUUUAGUACAGGAUUGACCGAUUUUCAGGUCACUCCCAACCGCACCAAAAGGCAGGAAAUGCUUAAAAGCAUCCUAGAAGAAUCCUUUUUAAAAUCCAUUCAGGAAUCAUGUGAUUUUGUGCGAAUUCUUGAUGCAAAAGUGCAAGCACUAGAUUCUGAUGAGAAUCCAAGCCCAGAAAGUUUGACUAAAAACAUCAGAUUCUUAGAGCAGGUUGCAAGAGAGAUAUUUCAAAAACGAAGAAGUGAAGCUGGGAGAAUUGUAGCGAAGUAUGCAGAACAAAGAAAUUCCUUGUUAAUGAUGGUAGAGUCAGGAAGUAAAGGUUCUAUGGAAAAACUUCUUCAGCAGAUUGCAGGAAUGGGGCUGCAGCUUUACAAGGGGCAACAUCUCCUUUCGUAUUCAAGCUCACGGCGUCCUGCAAUGACAUAUUCCUCGCAGCUGGAUUGGUGGGAGGAUAUGGGGCUUGUCAGAAGCUCUCUUGUUGAUGGGUUGAAAGCAAAUGAGCUAUUCAGACAUGUAAUUGCCGAUAGAACAGGUAUUCUUCGGAAACACGUGGAGGUGGUGCAGCCAGGGACCCUUUUUAAGGCGUUGAUGUUUUUUCUGCGAGAUCUUCAUAUUAUGUACGAUGGCAGCGUUCGCAGCCAGUGUAGCAAAAAUUUAAUCCAAUUCUGUUACGGAGGAGCACGGGGAUCUCUUAUUCCACGGAAACCAACGGAGGAAACUCUUGCCUGGGAAGAGGAUGAUCAUAGACGAUGGCCUUUGUCAGUUUUGGCUGGGGAGCCUGUUGGAGUAUUGGCUGCAGCAGCCAUAUCUCAACCUGCAUAUGAGUUGAUGUUGGAUGCGCCUAGUUUGAAUGGUCCUUUCAAGCCACGACCAUUAAAUCUUAUCCAGGAAACACUAUAUCCACGCGAGAAAUCCUCAUUGAAGCCAACGGAUCGGUGUGUGGUGUUGAGACUUGUGCACUGUGAAUGCACAGAGUCACUGUGUCUGGAAAGGAGGGUUCUUGAAGUGCAAGCUCACCUGAAAAGAAUCAACUUGAGGAUGAUGGCUGAAAGUGUUGCUGUUGAGUAUUGGAACAUGGAAGACUCUCGAGCGGCUGGGCCAAGUGGUGACCUAGUUCGAUUGGGCUCACCUUGGUUAGGGCACAUAAAUCUAUCCCAGGAUGCAAUGAAACAGUGUGAAGUGAAUGUUGAGGAUAUUGUUAAGCGGCUUUGUCAGAAGUUCAGUCAAACUGCAGGUUACGUUUUGAAGAAGAAUAAAAUGGGUCAAAUAUUCUUCUGUCACAGUUAUAACUGCAGCUUCUCCAAUGGAUAUUGCCUUCAUUUUUCUCCAAGUUUACCAAUCAAAAUGCGCCAUUGCUCAAAUGAGGACAGGUAUAACAAAGCUUUACUGGAUCUACUACUGAGGAUCCAGGAAACUAUAAUACCUGGACUUCUUGAUUGCACAAUGAAAGGUGAUGAGAGAAUAGAGACAGUAAGAGUAGUAUGCGAGGGACCAGCUUCAACAACCUGGCACAGGAGGUUUGCCCAUUGCACUGGGAAUCUUGAUGAGGAGCUGGUUUUAGAAGUUUACGUAUCUCCCUCAUCUUCAAAAUCAAGGGGCAUGGCUUGGGCAUCAGUGAAGCAAGCAUGUGUUUCUCUGAAGGAUUUAGUUGAUUGGAACAGAAGCAUGCCUUACAGUAUCCAAGAGAUCCGGUGUUCCUUGGGCAUUGAAGUUGCUUACCAGAUCGUUGUGCAGAGACUUGGAUUGGUGUUGGAAAAGACUGCCCCACAUACACAUUUUGUGCAUGUGAAAUUGGUAGCAGAGAUGAUGACAUUUUCUGGAGAUGCAAUUGGGUUCACCUUCUCUGGUUUUAAAGAUAUGAACAGAAGUAUUUCUGUUUCAGCUCCAUUUUCUGAAGCAUCAUUUCAGGCUAGUGCAGUUGCUUGUUCUUGAUUAGCUGUAGGA